GUUCGCGUUUUGCUCAUGUUUUCUGUUCACGACCUCCUGAGCAACCCAACACUGCUUGUGUGGGAAACAAAUAAAUAAAUAAUAAAAAUAAAUAAUCGCCAAAAAAAAGCAGUUCAUUGUAAGCGGAAUCACGCAAUUAAUGUCAAGUAUAAUGAGAAAGCCAUAAUGAAUGAGGCUGCGCGUCGAAUGGAACGCAAAUACCAAAAGUUGUUCCUGCAGAAAUGUACAUGAUAUUGUGCAUUGAUAUUAAUCCAAAUCCAAAUCCAAAGAAACACCCAGGAUCAUAUGCAUUUUACCAAUAAAAAUUAAACUUUACCACCACCUAAUUGUCAUAACAUUUUGACUAACUCCUCAAUCGAAAAUGGACGAAGACAUUAUGAACGCUGUAGAAUCUCUUUUUGGCAAAGAUGUUAAGAUUGUGGACUGCCAGACGUCGUCAUCGGUUCAGCAAGAAGAGGUGUUGUUAAUCAACGGUGUGCCGGUUAAACUGGAUGGUCUGCCCGCCGAUGACGCAAGUGCCAUCAAGAGUGCUCUUCUCGAUGGACAAAUGCCGGCAGUGGAGCAUCUGAAUCAGCUGCUGUUCCGGGCCGGCCUCGCCCAGCAGCCAAUUGAGGUGGAAACAUCGCUUACAGUGAAGUCUUCGCUUACUACCACCGAAGAAGUUCUCGUCUCACGCAAUGGCCAGGUGCUUGACGAACGAAGCGUCGAAACCAAAGAGCAGUUUAAUCAUCAGUCGCAUCAGAAAGAAAUAUGGCAACCACUAAAACAACAGAAUGCACUAGCCCGGACAACGCCGGAGAACGCACUCAAAUAUCGAACGAAUUCGAAUUCAACGUGUGCUUCCCAAGCAACAACCGAUACGGAAACAGAGCAAGCUGCUGGCCGUCUUGGUCGCCAGUUGAAUCAAACAUUCUCGAAUGCCUCUCUCAUGUCCAGCAGCUCAGCCAUAACCGGCUCGGAUCAACUCGUCUUCGUCGACUCAACUUCCAAUAUAUCGACAGCCACAACUUUGGGCGACAAGAGUUCAAACAUCAGCAGCUGUGACUCGGGACACGAUGGCCUCUUCCACAGCGUCUCAAUGAGCGCUCCCUACACCCAUUGCGAUGGCCGGGACACUCAGACAGAUUCCAUGUACUGUGACAUUCCCAGCUCAGCAGAUGAGUCUGAUGUAGUUUCAGUUGCUCUGCUGAGCACGCACCUUCAGAUUAAAGAGCCCAGCAAUGCAGCCAAUAAUUGCCGAACGCCUCCGGCUUAUGCCAAAGACUUGCCAGCCGCUGGUGACCUCGACACGCUAGUUAAGCUCCUGGUCAAGUCCAGCAACGAAGACCAGGAGUUUGACUUUCUCCUCUGUGCACGUUUGUUUGUUGAAAAUCAAGAGUUGCUGAUGAGAAUCAUUCAAGAGUGUCAUGGGCAGGAGGAGGCGCUCCUACGUUUACUUACUCAUUGGAUACGUUUAUGUCCCAAUGAUUUUCGCAAUGAAACAUUGCUGCAAGAAUUACGCAAGCGAAACCAAAGCAAAGCCAUUUGUGAUUUUUUCGACGGAAUUGUCGAUAAACUCGCACAGGUGGAUGCAAGACGACGCUCGCAAUUGCAGUAUCUGGUGAGCAAACAGCCGUCAGCCAGCUCGUUGGGGCGACAGAGCAGUAUUAAAUCUCUGAAAAGAUUCGCCACAAAUGUCUAUAAAUCGGAUAAUGUGCUGAGCAAGUGCAGCAGCGCCUUUGAGCUGGCGCAUCAGCUGUACGCCAUCGAAUAUGCCUACCUCUCUCAAAUACGUUUAGAAGAGUUUGUCGAAAUGAUAAAGGCGGACGAGUUUAAGUCUUGCAUGUCGCAAACCAAAGCCAGCACAUUGGGGUCCAUCUGCAACUCAACGAAGUUUCCCGAGGUUAAUAUUGCCGCAUAUGUGCAGUGGUUCAACCAACUCUUCCAUCUGACUGCCACGGAGAUAGUUAAGCUUAGCAAGAAAUCGCAGCGAGUGCAGAUGGUUGAGUUUUGGAUAGAGACUGCAUUGGAAUGCUUCAACACGGGCAAUUUCAACAGCCUGAUGGCAAUAUUAACGGCUCUAAAUAUGAAUGCCGUGACACGACUUAAGAAAACCUGGUCGAAGGUAGAGAGGUCAAAACUUGAUGGCUUAGAGCAUCAAAUGAAUUCCAACUGCGAUUAUCAUAAUUACCGCUCAACCAUGAAAGCUGCUGUUUGGCGAUCUGAGCGUGAAUCGGCCAACAAAAUUGAGCGUGCCAUUAUUCCAUUCUGCUCGCUGUUUCUUAAGGAUUUUAACCUCAUUAACGAGAACCACGAAACCAGGCUGGCCAAUGGAUUCUUUAACUUCGAGAAGUGCACACUCUUUGGUGCACACUUGCGUAACUUCUACAAGUGGCAACUACUGGAUUGUCCAUACGAACAGAUACCAAAUGUGGUUGCCUAUUUGCAGAAGGCAGAAGCUUUCACUGAGAACCUUUUAAUGAAAGCCUCCUAUGAAUGCGAGCCGCCGGAUAGCCCUGAGGAAAAGGAUCAUUACAAAACUCUAAAAGCAGCUAAAUAAUCGAAACGACAAUUCUAUGCGGAAUCCGCAUUGAUCCUCGCACAAACUUUUCUAGUUUGUAGACAUUCUUUUGUUGACACUUCCAUGUUUACAUUUGCAUCGCAAUAACGAUAAUAAUUUUAACGCAAAAUCGUAAUAAUCGCAAUCGUAUUCGUAUUCGUUAAUUUGUACUUAAGACAUAAGAAGAAUAUAAUCAACUAUAUACACCGAUUUGGGAUUUAAUACUA